GCACCUAACUUUUGUGCUGGUGCACCUAAGAAAAAAAGUUAGGAGCACCAGUGCAACCAGUGCAAAAAGUUAGUCUAGAGCCCUGCUAUUAUGUUUUAUUCGAGCAUGCUAGUUGUUUUAUGUAGGAAAUUUGAAUCAGUACAAUUCUAAUUUAUUUGCAGUAUAUUUACUGUUAAUCUAAAAAAAUAAUUGGUAUAAAUGUAUUUUUUGUAUUUAACAAAUGUAUUACAUCUAUCUAACCCUGUGAUUUGAUUUAUUUCUCUUUUAGGCUAAAUGAUUGUGGGUUAACAGGCAAAAGCUGUCCAGCUCUGGCUACAGUUCUUGGAUCAGGUACCAGUCUGAAAGAGCUGAACAUGAACAAUAAUAAUCUGCAGGAUUCAGGAGUGAAGCACCUCUGCACUGGCCUGAAGAAUAGAAAUUGCAAAUUAGAGAUACUGAGUCUGAAGAACAACUGUAUCACAGAAGGAGGGUGUCAUGUUCUGGCUGCAGCUCUAAAUUCAAACCCUUCAAAUCUGACAGAGCUGGAUCUGAGCAGGAAUCAAAUAGGAGACUCUGGAGUGACAGAAAUCUCCAGUCUGCUGAGAAAUUCACAGACACUACAGAUACUCAGACUUUCAGACUGCAGUAUCAGUGAAGAAGGUUAUAAAGCUCUAUGUGCUGGUGUUCAGUAG